GGGAGAAUAUGCGCGAGACAAAUCUGCGUACAAGUGCACGGUAUAUAAGGUAUCGGAAAGGUGAGACGUGGUACAUUAGUCGACGUUCAAAGCCGCAGACAUCGUCACCGGAGGACGGGGGGGGAUUGAGGAAUUCCGUUGGAAAGAUGUGAGAAAUGUGAUUUCGGGAUUUUAGUGAUUUCGGGGGGGGGGUUAUGCAUCCAACUAACAGCAACUGAUUUGCUGGUACAUUUUGCCAGAUGAUGGAACUGUGUUGGCUCGCGUUGUCAUCGUCAGCAUCAACGGGGAUUGGUGGUACAGAGCGGACGAAUCGCCAAUCGUCUGCGUAUUUACAGUCGCUGGGAAAUUUAAAUUGGCUGAGAUUGCUGCGCUACAGGAGGCGAGGUACGUGUCGAUGUGACAGGGGGACUCAUGUAUCCGAUGUUAGGGUGAAUAGUGGAGGGAUUUUGAUGAGAGAAACAAUUGGGGGCAUAAACUGUUGUAAAAUCACUGGUGUUGAGGUGAGAAAGGGAAUUGAGACACUGGGGGAAGAGGUAGAAUCAGUGAUUGAGGGAGAUAAAGGAAGAGGGAAAGACUAUUACAGAUGCGGUGCUCCGGGGGGGCGGCCCGCGGCGGCGUGACGCGAUGCGGACGCGCCCCUCCUGGACGAAUGCUAUCGGGAGGUACGAGAAAUCAGGGUCCAGAUCGGCAAUUGGCCGGAAAUUUAAAUUACUCAUCAUUUUUGUGUCAAUUGUCGGUUAUGGAGAUGUUACAAAUGGCCAGCAGUACGAGUCCCUUCAGUCACUGCAUCAUCAACAGCAACAGCAACUCAAAUACAGCACUAGGCAGGUUAAAACGAGAUACGGCACGCUGCGGGGUAUUGUCGCUAGAUCGUCUCUUGUUGAAGGGGUUGAGGUGUAUCUCGGUGUUCCAUACGCAACACCACCGCUCGGUGCAUUACGGUACAUGCCACCGGUCACACCGACUCAGUGGCGGGGCACUAGGCUCGCUGAUACAAUGCCACCCCCGUGCCCGCAGAAGAUACCAGGAUCGAGUGAUCCGACAAUAUCAAGACGCAGACGUGAUUACAUCGAUAGGAUUACACCGCUGCUCGUUAAUCAGAGCGAGGACUGCCUUUAUCUCAAUCUUUACGUGCCACGGCCAGCCCACAGCAGUAGCACGGAAUUGCUGCCGGCUCUGCUCCUUAUCCACGGUGAUUCGUACACGUGGGGAACGGGGAAUUCAUUGGACGGCACUGCCCUCGCCGCACACGGCAGACUCAUCGUAGUAUCUAUUAAUUUUCGUCUCGGUGUGCUAGGUUUCCUAAAAACGAGCACGAAAGGUAGUGCCCAGGGUAAUUACGGCCUUAUGGAUCUCGUUGCGGGUCUGCACUGGCUCAGGGAGAACGUCGGAGCCUUUGGCGGUGAUCCAGAGCGUUUAAGUGUCCUUGGUCAUGGUACUGGUGCAGCGUUGGCAAACUUUUUGGCUGUCUCACCAAUGGCCAAAGAGCUUGUCGAACGAGUCGUCCUCUUGGGGGGCUCUGCACUGUCACCCUGGGCCAUUCAGCGCGAUCCACUGGGAAUUAAGAAACGAGUGGCCGAACAGAGCCGGUGCGAUGGGAAUGUCGAGGCUGAUGAUAUUGCCAGUUGUCUGAGGGCGAGGAGUGUCAAGGAACUUUUAGCCGUUAAACUUGAUACGCCGAGGUUCACUUCCGGCUUUGCACCGUUCGCCGAUGGAGCCGUUUUGCCGCUAGCCUCGGUGCAGAGUGCCCAGCCCACUGCCUCAUCGGCUGGAGUAUUACCCUUAGUACCUGGUCCUGGGGGAGAAUUCGCUACUCUUGGUGAUCGCGAUUUAUUGAUCGGGCUGACGACCAACGAGGCCUGGCUGGACUUGAGCGAGGAUGAUAUGAAAAACGGACUGAACGAGAGCCGCCGAGACAGAAUCCUCCGCACCUUCGUGCGCAACACAUACCGCUACCACCUCAACGAGAUAUACUCAACCCUCCGAAACGAGUACACGGACUGGGAGCGCAGUGAGCAGAGUCCGGUAGCCAUCCGCGAGGGCCUCCUCUCCCUCCUCGGCGAUGGCCAAGUAGCAGCCCCGCUCCUGAAGCUAGCCUCCCUCCACUCGACCUCCGGUGGCCGUGGUUUCUUCCUCCACUUUCAGCCCGGCGAGCGCCCCAGCCAGCGCGGCGAAGAGCUCCCCUACCUCCUCGGCAUUCCCCUGCUCCGGAAUGAGCCCAAUCGCCACAAUGACCUCGAGAACUAUACCCUCGAGGACGAGAACCUAUCCAGGAUGCUUGUUCGAUACCUCUCAAACUUCGUUCGGCGAGGCGAUCCAAACGAGGGUCACGCCGACACCCUGAAGAGCACCCCCUUCUGGGACUCGUACGACUCAAUAAACCAGUUAUACCUCGAAGCGAGUAAAUCACCGGAGAUGCGAUCCCAUUACCGCGGCCACAAAAUGGCCCUAUGGUUGAAUUUACUGCCUCAGCUUCAUCGUCCAGGUUACGAGAUCAGUAUGCGUCAUCACCACCUAGCCGACAAUCCACGCAUGUACGAGGGUGCUGUCAGACAGCAGACAAUGGCACUGCCCCUCCCACCGCCCCCCCUAACCGCCCCAAUGCCAACCGAGGCCUCAAUGUCACCCCCAAAAUCCAUCAGUCCCGUGACAACUGAAUGCACGACAAAUACAUCAUCACUACCACUGAGUACACCAUCAACCUAUCCAACGAUUUAUCCAACUCAGCAGCCCCAUCCAAAGUUGUCACCAGGUCCGAACAAUCUUCUCCGUAAAUUCGCCUCAAAUCACUACCAGAGCUACACAACUGCCCUAACAGUGACGAUAGCAGUUGGAAUAUUCCUCCUCCUCCUGAAUAUCCUGAUAUUCGCCGGCAUCUACCACCAGCGCGACAGAAACGCAGCGGCUGCUGCUGCUGCGGCAGCCGCAACGGUCGCCGCGGCGACAACCUCGUCCUCAAACUCGUCGUCCUCGAUGAAGAGUUACCUCGAGCACAAGAAGAAGGAGCAACUCCUGGAGGCGGGCUGCUCCGGCGAUCACUCCGGCAGUGGAAAACUCUCGAGGCUCUCCUCCUUCAUCAUGACUGACUCCAUUACCUCGAGUCCGCCGCACAAGCACAAGCUCGCCCAGGAACUUGAACUCCAACUGCAGGAGUUCCAGUGCUCGCCGCCACCCGGGGGCAAGCGAAUGGCCCUCGAUCCACCCUCGUACGUCACGAGAAGCCCCGGCAAACGCAGCCGAACUCCCUCGCCGUGUGUAGAUGUCGCUGCGCGGGACAACGAGCUCGAAGCACAUGAUCCGGGGAUUCCCCCGGUCGACGACGACUAUGAGGACGAAUUUUUGCCUGAACCACCGCCACCUCCGAAAGUACCGGCUCCCAUUGUCUGCCCGGGAAUACUGAGACAGCCGGGCACACCCGGUAGUGCCAAAAAACGUGUGCAGAUACAGGAGAUAUCGGUAUGAACAAUAUUAGCAUGACAAUGCGAUCACUCAGAGAGGGAUUUGAUAAACAAUUUUACAUGAAUAUUACGAUGUUAAUGUUUAUCGUUUUGUGGGUUUGUUUAAUUUGUGUUCAUCAGCUCAGGUAAAUAGCUGUAUGUUUGAUCAGAGCCAAGUGGAAUUACUGAGAGACGAGGAAUUGGGAUUGAAUUAAUUAACGAGUGAAUUUAAUAGAAACGAUUAAAUUAUGAUUAUUCGUAAUACAAAUGAUAUUGGUUUACGUUAAGUGCAAUGGGUUAUUGCCGAUUGGAGGGGUGUUUGUGUUGAUAGUGUUGCAUCCAGGGUGAAAUGAGGAAGUGAAAGAAUUAUUGAAUUUAAAACGGUUUAAUCUCGAUAAUACACCCGGAGAGGCAUUACUGUAAGCGAACGCACAAUGCAUCGAAAAUUGUAGUACGAGUGAGUGAACAUUUGGAUGAAUGGGGUAUUGGAAACGUGAGUUAAGUAAUCCGACGUUUUGCAUACGUGAGUACUAAUUAACUUGAUAAAAAAAAACUAUUGAGAGUAAUUAAUUAUUGAAUAAAGUAUUAAGAGAGGAUAUAAACAGAUAAGUUACUAAGUAAAGAAUCAAGUGAAUAAAAUACAUUAAUGAAAAUUACCUACACCCGAGGGAGGGGCCAUUCGUAAAACCACUACCAUUAAUUUUAGCUUGAAUAGAAUUGAGGGAACGUAUAUUAUAAAUCGCCAUCGAGAUUAUUGUAAUCGCUGAUUGUGUUAAUGCAUUAAAAAAUUGAAAAUGUUAUUUAGCUGAGUGAGAGGAGUGUAACACGAUGAACUGGGAGGGAGGAUUAAUGCGGAAUAGGAAAAUUUAUCAAUGUUUCAAAUGUUGGCAUUUGAUUGGAAAUAAAUUGAUUGGAGCAUUUGCCAUAUAUGUGGGAUUUACUGCACUCAACUUCGUUCCUUUUUCUUAGUUUUUAUUGUCGUUUAUUUUCACAUUUUCACAUUUUUAUAUAUUUUUUUAAUUCGAAGAGGAAGUGUUUUCUGUUGCGUUUGAGAGACUCGAACAUUUUUAACGAACGUCAUUUCUAAUAAAUUUUCAGUGGAGAAUGAACAAUUGACGAAAAAAUUGGUAAAAAUUUGGAAAAUGCAGGUGAAAAAAUUUUUUUUAAUUUUACAGAAAUGCGAAAUGUUGGCAUUUGAUUAGAAAUUAAUUGAUUGAAGCAUUUGCCAUAAAUGUGAAAUUUACUGCACUUGAUUUCAUUCCUUUUUAUUGUUCUUUAUUUUUGUUUAUUUUCACAUCUUUCCGAAUUUUUUUUUUUCAAAUUCAAGGAGGAAAUGUAUUGUAUUAUGUUUGAGUGGCUCGAACAUUUUCAACGACUGACAUUUCUACUGAAAUUUCAGGAAAUUUCAUUGAAGAAUGAAGAAUUUGACGAAAGAAUGGGUAAAAAUGAGUAAAAUUCAGGUGAAAAAAUGUUUUCAAUUUUACAGAAAUAAAUUGAUUGGAGAAUUCGCCAUAAA